AGUAAUGGGAAUGGGACCCGAUCUAAAUUUAUCGUCCUCCCUCAAUUCUAAUUCCUAAGCAACACUUGCAGAGAGCAAGAGCAAGUGAAGAGGAAAAGAAAGUAAAAGGUGAGAGCCAAAAGCGAAAAAGAGGAAUUUAUGAAGCUACUCAUUUCGUUUAAGGGGGAGUGGAAGGCAGCAAUCAUUCAAACCACCAACACCCCCUCACACCCUUCCCUCCUUUCCUCCUCUUUUUAAUCAUUCCUCUCCUCCUUUUAGUUUCCCCACCCAGAGGCCAAUGGGCAAUGGCAGAAGAAGAAUUAAGUCAAUCUUAGAGAGAGAGAGAGAGAGAGAGUGUGUAUUGUGUGCCUGUUUUCUUCUUUAACUUCUCUAGUUUUAAUUUCAUAGAACAGAGUGUGAGAGAGUGAGGCACACCAGAAUUCAGAAUACCAUCUUACCCAUAAUUUAAAUUUGAAAACUUGCAUCAGAUUUGAAACCCAACCCAACCCAACCCAACACAACAGAUCAGUUGGGGUUAGUUUUUGAGUUUCGUCCACUCUCCCUUCUUCUCCAAUGGGGGCUCCUGCCCUCACCUUCCUUCCUGUCUUCUUCGCUACUUCUCUCCUUCUAUUCUCAACCCUUUCUUCCUCAGCCGCUGCAAUCACCAACAAUGACACCGAGGCUCUAUUCAGAUUCCGGACCGAAACCGACGCCCACGGCAACCUCCUAAGUAACUGGACAUCCAGCGACGCCUGCACCUCUUCAUGGCAGGGCGUGCGCUGCAGUGCAGCAGGCAGAGUCAUCUCCCUUUCCCUUCCAUUCUUAGACCUCCGUGGCCCCAUCGACUCCCUCUCUUCUCUCGACCAGCUUCGCUUUCUCGACCUCCACGGCAACCGCCUUAACGGUUCCAUCAUCCCCAUUACCAACUGCUCCAACCUCAAGCUCCUGUACUUCUCCAACAAUGACUUCUCCGGCGAAAUCCCCUCCCACAUUGCCUCCCUCAAGCGUCUCCUCAGAGUAGACCUCUCCAACAACAAUCUUCGCGGCCCCAUUCCUGCUUCCAUCUCCAACCUCACCCGUCUCCUCACUCUCCGUCUCCAGAACAACCUCUUCUCUGGCCAACUCCCUGAUCUUUCCUCUUCUCUUCCUUUGCUCAAGGAACUUAAUGUAUCAAACAACCAGUUGUUCGGCAGACUUCCGAUUGGGUUGCAGAGGAAAUUUGGUUUGAAAAGCUUUGCAGGCAAUGCAGGGCUAUGUGGGUCUAGCCCAUUACCUGUUUGCUCUUUCACAAGUGCUUCUCCUCCGGCUUCGUCGACGGGGUCGUCGGAUCCGACGGUGGUGCCUUCGAACCCCAGCUCCAUGCCUACAACCACGUCGAGCGAUCCGACCAGAAAGGAAAAACCGCGGAAGGGACUCAAAACAGGCGCCGUUGUUGGGAUUGUGGUAGCGACUUCCGUGGUUCUACUAGUCAUCGUGUCCUUCGUUGUCGCUCAUUGCUGCAAGAGAUGCCCUGGAGAAAACACUUCAAGCUCCAAAGCGGGUAGUGACUACUCAAGGAGCAAGAAGAGCUUCACGGGUGAGAAGAAGGUUUAUGCCAACAAUGGUGGUGGUGGAGCUGGAGAUAGUGAUGGAACAACGGCGACGGAUCGAAGUAAGUUGGUGUUCUUUGACAGAAGGAAACAGUUUGAGCUGGAGGAUCUGCUCAGGGCCUCGGCGGAGAUGUUGGGGAAAGGGAGCUUGGGGACUGUAUACAAGGCUGUGCUGGAAGAUGGGUGCACGGCGGCUGUGAAGAGGCUCAAAGACGCCAACCCUUGUGCCAGGAAGGAGUUUGAGCAGUACAUGGAUUUGAUAGGGAAACUGAAGCACCCCAACAUUGUUCGUCUCAGGGCAUACUACUAUGCCAAGGAAGAGAAGCUCCUUGUCUACGACUAUCUCUCCAAUGGAAGCUUGCAUUAUCUUCUCCAUGGAAAUCGAGGUCCGGGGAGAAUUCCACUGGACUGGACGACCAGAAUCAGCUUAGUAUUGGGAGCUGCGCGUGGGCUUGCUCGAAUUCAUGAGGAAUACAGUGUGUCUAAGAUUCCCCACGGAAAUGUGAAAUCUUCGAAUGUGCUCUUGGACAAGAAUGGCGUGGCUUGCAUCUCUGAUUUUGGGUUGUCGCUGCUUCUGAACCCAGUACAUGCCACGGCAAGAUUGGGAGGGUACAGAGCUCCAGAGCAGGCAGAGACGAAGAGGCUAUCUCAGAAGGCAGAUGUGUACAGUUUCGGUGUGUUGUUGUUAGAGGUUCUGACUGGUAGAGCUCCAACUCAGUAUCCUUCGCCGACUCGUCCCAGAGGUGAGGAAGAAGACCAACAAGGUUUGGAUCUGCCGACAUGGGUGAGAUCUGUGGUGAGGGAUGAGUGGACGGCAGAGGUGUUUGAUCCGGAGCUGCUUAGGUACAAGAACAUUGAGGAGGAGAUGGUUUCCAUGCUCCAAGUGGCGAUGGCCUGUGUGGUGCAGCAGCCAGAGAAGAGGCCUACAAUGACUGAGGUGGCUAAGAUGAUAGAGGAUAUUGGGGUGGAGCAGUCUCCCCUGGGUGAGGACUUGGAUGAAUCUCGGAAUUCCCUCUCGCCUUCACUUGCCACCACUGACGAUGCUAUGGCCGGCUUCUGAGUUCUGAUUCCUCAUCACUCAGCUAGGCUUUGCUCUCCUGUGUUGAUUACUGCUGCAGAAUCUCACUGUUUUAGAUUAUCUUCUUCUACUAGAUUUAUGGGCGAUUUUAGUUUUUAUUUGAUUAUGGAUUUCUCUAUGUACUAUUGUGUUCUUUCAUUUUAACUGUAAUCCAACUCUUACUUGGUUUAUAACCAUUCUUCCUCUCUUCUUCU